UCAUCUUGUGCCAAGAUGUCGGGAAUUGGAAAUAAAAGAGCAGCUGGAGAGCCUGGCACAUCCAUGCCCGCAGAGAAGAAGGCAGCUGUCGAAGAUGCAGGGACCACUGUGGAAACGAUUAAGCUCGGAGGUGUCUCCUCUACGGAGGAGCUCGACAUUCGAACACUGCAAGCCAAAAAUCGCAAGCUGGCAGAAAUGCUGGAUCAGCGGCAGGCUAUUGAAGAUGAACUCCGUGAGCACAUUGAAAAGCUGGAACGGCGACAGGCCACUGACGAUGCCUCGCUAUUGAUUGUCAACCGGUACUGGAGUCAGUUUGAUGAAAACAUCCGUAUCAUCCUUAAACGUUACGAUCUGGAACAGGGCUUGGGAGACCUCCUCACAGAGAGAAAAGCCCUGGUCGUGCCGGAACCGGAACCCGACUCUGAUAGCAAUCAGGAACGGAAAGAUGACAGAGAGAGAGGGGAAGGACAAGAGCCAGCUUUCUCUUUCCUUGCUACUUUGGCGAGCAGUUCCAGUGAAGAGAUGGAAUCUCAGCUGCAGGAGCGUGUGGAGUCGUCCCGCAGAGCAGUGUCUCAGAUUGUCACUGUCUACGACAAAUUGCAAGAAAAAGUGGAGCUCUUAUCCCGGAAGUUGAAUAGUGGAGAUAAUCUGAUCAUAGAGGAAGCGGUGCAGGAGUUGAAUUCCUUCCUUGCUCAAGAGAACAUACGGCUACAGGAAUUGACAGAUCUUCUUCAGGAGAAACACCACACCAUGUCUCAGGAGUUCUCCAAGUUGCAGGGUAAAGUGGAGAUGGCUGAGUCACGAGUGUCUGUCCUAGAGUCCAUGAUUGACGACUUACAGUGGGAUAUUGACAAAAUUCGAAAGCGGGAGCAGCGACUCAACCGACAUUUAGCAGAAGUCCUCGAACGGGUGAAUUCUAAAGGUUACAAAGUGUAUGGAGCUGGGAGCAGUCUCUAUGGUGGUACCAUCACCAUCAAUGCCCGGAAGUUUGAAGAAAUGAAUGCUGAGCUCGAGGAGAACAAAGAAUUGGCCCAAAACCGUCACUCUGAGCUGGAGAAACUUCGGCAGGAUUUUGAGGAGGUCACUACACAAAAUGAGAAGCUGAAGGUGGAACUGCGGAGUGCAGUGGAGGAAGUGGUUAAGGAGACUCCAGAAUACCGCUGCAUGCAGUCACAGUUCUCUGUCCUGUAUAAUGAGAGCCUGCAGCUCAAGGCACACUUGGAUGAGGCACGGACCCUGCUCCACGGCACCAGGACUACCCACCAGCGCCAGGUUGAGCUCAUUGAGCGCGAUGAGGUUAGUCUUCAUAAGAAAUUGAGGACUGAAGUGAUCCAGCUUGAAGACACCCUGGCCCAGGUCCGUAAAGAGUAUGAAAUGCUGCGAAUUGAAUUUGAGCAGACACUGGCUGCCAAUGAACAAGCAGGCCCUAUCAAUCGAGAGAUGCGCCAUCUCAUCAGUAGCCUCCAGAAUCACAAUCACCAGCUGAAGGGAGAGGUCCUGCGAUACAAGCGGAAAUUAAGAGAAGCCCAGUCUGAUCUGAAUAAGACACGUCUCCGCAGUGGCAGCGGCCUUCUCCAAUCUCAGUCAAGUACUGAGGACCCUAAAGAUGAGCCUUCAGAGCUGAAACAAGAUCCCGAGGACUUAACCACACAGACCUCGGCAUCCAAGGCGUCUCAGGAGGAAGUCAACGAAGUUAAGUCCAAACGAGAUGAAGAAGAGCGAGAACGAGAACGGAGAGAGAAAGAGAGAGAGCGAGAGAAGGAAAGAGAACGAGAGAAGGAAAAGGAGAGGGAGCGAGAGAAGCAGAAAUUGAAAGAGUCCGAAAAAGACAGAGAUUCUGCCAAGGAUAAAGAGAAAGGAAAACAUGAUGAUGGAAGGAAAAAAGAAGCAGAAAUUAUCAAACAGUUGAAGAUUGAACUCAAGAAGGCACAGGAGAGCCAGAAAGAGAUGAAACUAUUACUGGACAUGUACCGCUCUGCCCCGAAGGAACAGCGGGACAAAGUUCAGUUGAUGGCAGCAGAGAAGAAGUCAAAGGCAGAGUUGGAAGAUCUAAGGCAAAGACUCAAGGAGCUGGAAGAUAAGGAGAAAAAAGAAAACAAGAAAAUGGCUGAUGAAGAUGCCUUGAGGAAGAUCCGGGCAGUAGAGGAGCAGAUAGAAUACCUGCAGAAGAAGCUGGCCGUGGCCAAGCAGGAGGAAGAAGCUCUCCUGUCUGAGAUGGAUGUAACAGGGCAGGCCUUUGAAGACAUGCAGGAACAGAAUAUCCGCUUGAUGCAGCAGUUACGGGAGAAGGAUGAUGCAAAUUUCAAGCUCAUGUCAGAACGUAUCAAGUCCAAUCAGAUUCACAAACUGCUUAAAGAGGAGAAGGAGGAGCUGGCUGACCAGGUUCUGACUCUGAAGACUCAGGUUGAUGCCCAGUUACAGGUGGUAAGGAAGCUGGAAGAAAAGGAGCAUCUGUUACAGAGCAACAUUGGCACAGGGGAGAAGGAACUGGGCCUCCGGACCCAGGCCUUGGAGAUGAACAAACGCAAGGCAAUGGAAGCAGCACAGCUUGCAGAUGACCUCAAAACACAACUGGAAUUGGCUCAGAAGAAGCUCCAUGAUUUUCAGGAUGAGAUUGUGGAGAACAGUGUCACUAAGGAAAAGGACAUGUUCAAUUUCAAACGGGCCCAGGAAGACAUUUCUAGACUUCGAAGGAAGCUGGAAACAACAAAGAAACCAGACAACGUGCCCAAAUGUGAUGAGAUUUUGAUGGAGGAGAUUAAGGAUUACAAGGCACGCCUGACCUGUCCAUGUUGCAACAUGCGUAAAAAGGAUGCUGUCCUUACCAAGUGUUUUCAUGUUUUCUGCUUUGAGUGUGUGAAGACUCGAUAUGAUACUCGCCAGCGCAAAUGUCCCAAGUGUAAUGCUGCUUUUGGGGCCAACGAUUUCCAUCGCAUCUACAUUGGUUGAAGGGAGCUGAGGGAAGAAGAGAGGCUGACUAAACAGGCACUUACUCAUUAACUACCAAAGCUCUACCUCUUCUCCUUGACUGCCACCUACAGGGCAGCUAGUCAACCAUCUUUGCUCCAGAAACGUACCCUCUGGAAUCUCCUCUCCAGUAGCUAGAGAAGAGGACUGGUCAAUGCAAGUCUCAAGUCUUGAUUUUAGGAUGAAUUAGAAACAAAGGACUCUUAGUCUUCCCUACCAGCUUUGCUUAUUUCCUGCCUUUACAUUCUCUGAGAGCUUGUUCUUCAGCCCACUGUAAUCUUGGACUGCUCAUCCCUCCUG